AGAGUCUCGCCUGCACCUCCGAGUCCUCCAGUCGUCCAGGUUCUGACCCCCCAAAGCCGCCGCGUCCGGACCCACCAUGAGCCACUCCUCCAGCCGCGCCACCACCUCCUACCACCGAACCUUCGGCGGCCCCAAAGUCAUCUCCAUGUCCUCCUACUCCCCCGUCUCCUCCCGCAUGUCGGGCGGCGGCGCCAGCGGAGGCGGCGGUGGCCGCUACAUGCGCUCCAUGUCCCCGGUGGUGUCCUCCCGCUCCGCCACCACCUACCAGCGCGGGCGGAGCAGCGGCCCCAGCCACCACCAGCCGCGAAUCUCCUACGACAAGGUGGACUUCAGCCUGGCGGAGGCGGUGAACCAGGAGUUCCUGGCCACGCGCAGCAACGAGAAGCAGGAGCUGCAGGAGCUCAACGACCGCUUCGCCAGCUUCAUCGACAAGGUGCGCUACCUGGAGCAGCAGAACGGCAGCCUGCAGCAGGAGCUCAACACCUUCAAGGGGCAGCAUCAGCAGGGCCAGCCCAGCCGCGCCACCGACCUCUUCCAGGAGGAGCUGCGGGAGCUCAAGAGGCAGCUGGACGACGUGGGCAAGGAGCGCGACCAGUUCCACGUGGAGCGGGACAACCUGGCCGAGGACCUGGGCCUGCUCCGGCAGAGGCUGGACGAAGAGGCGCAGAAGAGGGCCGAAGCUGAAGGCAACCUGAUUGUCUUCCGCAAGGAUGUGGACGACGCCACACUGGCCCGCCUGGAGCUGGAGAGGAAGAUCGAGUCUCUGAUGGACGAGAUUGAGUUCCUCAAGAAGCUCCAUGAUGAGGAGAUCCAGGACGUGCACGUGAGCGUGCAGACGCAGCACCAGCAGAUGGAGAUGGUGGAGCAGACCGCCAGGCCCGACCUCACGGCCGCCCUGAGGGACAUCAGAGCCCAGUACGAGACCAUCGCCAGCAAGAACAUGCAUGAGUCUGAGGAGUGGUACAAGUCCAAGUUCACUGACCUCACCGAGUCGGCCAAGAAGAACAACGACUCCAUCCGACAGGCCAAGCAGGAAGCCAACGAGUCCCGCAGGCAGAUCCAGUCCCUCAACUGUGAGGUGGACGCCAUGAAGAACACGAACGAGUCCUUGCUGAGGCAGAUGCGUGAGAUGGAAGACCAGUUCGGGAACGAGGUCGGGAACUACCAGGACAGCGUGGGCCGUCUGGAGGACGAGAUCCGCCACCUGAAGGACGAGAUGGCCCGCCACCUGCGGGAGUACCAGGACCUGCUCAACGUCAAGAUGGCCCUGGACAUCGAGAUCGCCACCUACCGCAAGCUGCUGGAGGGAGAGGAGAGCCGGAUCACCAUCCCUAUGUUCAACAUGAGCAAUCAGUUCAGCAUGAGCAACCAGUCAAGUGACAGAGAGUAUGAGAUGAUCCCAGAGGUCUCCAGCAAACGCACCGUGGUCAUCAAGACCGUGGAGACACGCGAUGGAGAGGUGAUCAAGGAGUCCAGGAAAGAGCAGGAGAGAGAGGCAGACCAGCGUGACUCCAAGGACAAGGACUCCUCCAAUGAGGAGUAGCUCAUGACUCCACACGCUCCAGCUUCCAGGGUUGCACUAAUAUAGUAUAAAGCAAAAGUUGCCUAAAAGGUUUAAACAAUCAGUAGAAGGUUAGCUCUUCAUUUCCCGCUCCUUGUUUGUGUGAAUGUCUAGCUUACUGUUUACGGUGCAAUAUUAAAAAACAUGAACGUGUCUUUAGGCAGGGUCACCUUGGUGCUACUUAGUAAUAACCGCUCAUUUUCGCUGUAGAAACGAGUCCUCAGUGCUGCGCAACGAGCCGAACAACUACCGGGCCACCACGGGGCCUUGUUUACGUGCAUGCCCUGAAACAUCCGCAGGUCGGCACUAAUUCUUCCACAAAGACAACCUCAUGAAAGAAGGCCAGGUGUGAGGGGGGCAGUGAAGGACAGGGUGCUUUGAGGUGGUCGUUGAAGACGCGUCUGUGUGACUGAUGACAUGACUGUUAAGGGUUAACCACGUCAAGGCUGAUGUCACACGACGACGGUGAUCAUGUUUGCGUCUGUGUUUCUUUAGACAUGCGGAGCUCUCAUUUAACUGCAUCCUGGUUAACCAUAACCAGAACAACAAUAACCACACCUUACAGAAAUACAAUGUGUAACAAUGUCUACUGAGCAACCGGAAGCAGAGAUUUAAAUAAAGUCACUAA